AUGCAGCGCUGGAAGGCGCGCGACGAGGACAUUGCCCGCCUGCGCUUCGACGUCAAGACGGACCUCACCCCGCUCCUGACCUCGUACAACACCAAGCAGCUCUUCCUGUACCUGACCGCCGAGUACACCGACGAGGCGACCCACGAGGCGCACGAGGUCGUGCUGUGGGACCGCAUCAUUAUGCGCGGGCAAGUGAACGACUUCCGCGCCGUCGGCGUGCCCAACGGCGCGCCGCGCACCACCCGGCCCCGGAUCCGCAUCGACGACGCAAAGAGCGUGUAUACCUGGCGUAACCCGGGCGGAUCGUUCCAAGACGUUCACGAGGCAAACGUGACGCUGCAUUAUAGCCUCAUGCCGUAUGUCGGCAUGCUCAGCUCGGGCGUGGCCGCCACGGCCCGCGACCUCGUCGAGAUUCCCGACGUCAAGAGGCGAUAG